AAACAAGCAGCCUUCAACAACGUUACUCCAUCGACCGUUAUGUUCAACGGUGCCUUAUAAAUCCAUGCAGUACACACAAACCGAUUUGCUCAUCAAUGUCCGGAUUUUCGCAGUCUUUCUCCCUCGGUGACGACACGUUAGAAACGCUCGAUCACCAGGCUGCGAAAACUCCUAUUUCAUCAGCAUGUUCCCGCCGAACAACUCGCUCCAAUCUGGUGCAGAAGAAGCAGCACGGUAGCAACGAACACCAGAUGGAAGUGAUCGACGAGUCGCCCACCAACUCGACUCGGGCGGGUGGCGGUAAUGAAACUCGCCAGCGAAGUGUUCGUGAAAGGCUCAAAACCAUCGGAACCCAGUCGCGGUCUCGCAAAGGCAUCCGACGAAACAAAUCGGAAUCUAUACUCGAGGCGAAAGAUCAGCCACAACGGCGGCAGCCGCUGACGAAGUGUCGUAGCGAAAGCCGAGAGCAGAUCAAUUUGCUAGAGAAUGGAUGCUCGGAACUUUUCCGGAGCGAUAUCCGAUUCGAUUGUGUGUCGGGAAGCGGGCGGGAUAAGGAAAAGGAAGCGACCCAGGUGAACAUAUUAAAACUUCUAGAGUCUGAUCUAAGCUUCGACAUGCCUUCGGUUUCGCAGGAACAAAUAAAGGAGAACAGACCACCUGAUGCGAAGAUCUCUCGGACCAGUGAUGAGUUUGAGCAUAUCCUUGCAAACGGCAGCGAUUUCUCCAUGGAUUUAGUGCCACGCAGCCAGAGUCUACUAGCUUCAACUCGUUGCUCGAACAAGUUGGAAAAUUUAUUCGAACAAAGUGUUUUCACGCUAGAUGAACCUAUGCAGCCCAAACAAAGAGCGGAGGCGACUCGUCACUCGUUGAGCCAACUGAUUUCCAGCGAGGAUUUACUCGAGUUUUCCGAAUUACAUGAAACAUUGCGAGUCGAAGACACCGGUUCGGAUGGCGAAGAGAACCCGCUGCCGGUGGAGAAUGUGACCUUUACCCAAAUACCAGUGGCAGAUGCGAAGACAGAACAGCGGCAACUGGAAGAAUUUCUGACGCAGGAAAUCGAGCGCUCGAAACGCACAGUCUUCGAAUCGCUGAAGAAUGACAAUCAGGUGGCACUCUCGGUAACAUUGAACAGUUCCAACAUCCCAAAACUUAACGCAAGUCAGCAAACCAGAGUGCGAUCGACAUCAAAUGAAUCGAUGACCUUAUGCGGCUCGAAAAAUCUUCGCUUGGUUGCCAAUUGGGGACUACCGGACGCGAUUGUGAAAGCAUACGCCAAAAAGGGUAUCACCGAGUUGUUUCAGUGGCAGUCGGAUUGUCUAGCGAACGCCAAGGUGAUCUUGGAAUGUGCGAACCUAGUUUACAGUGCACCCACUUCCGGUGGAAAGACUAUCGUGAGUGAGUUUCUGGCAGCGAAAACCGUCGUCGAGCGCAAGCGAAAAGCGAUAGUGAUUUUGCCAUUUGUGGCCGUUGCCAGGGAGAAAAUGUACUAUCUUCAGGAAAUCUUCUCACCGGCAGGCAUACGCGUCGAAGGUUUCUUCGGUGGCCACAAACCACCCGGUGGAUUCGACAGCGUAGACGUAGCGGUAUGCACCAUUGAGAAGGCGAACUCUAUCGUCAAUCGGCUUCUCGAACAGCAGAAACUGGCCGACAUCGGGUUGAUAGUUGUGGACGAAGUUCACCUCAUAUCGGAUCCAUCGCGGGGUUACAUUCUGGAGCUGUUACUCACCAAGGUACGCUUCGCGGGUGCAAAAUUAGCAGAACAGAUCCAAAUCGUAGCCAUGUCGGCGACCUUGCCUAACAUGGAACUGCUGGUGGAGUGGCUACAAGCGGAACAGUUCCGCACCGAUUUCCGACCGAUUGAGUUGAAGGAAAUGCUGAAGCUGGGCACAUGCAUCUACGCAAACCAAAAAAAGUUGAUUCGACAGCUGGACACGGAGCAGUUCCGAGAAACCACGAAACACGAUCAGGACAACAUCGCGCAGCUUUGUUUGGAGACGAUUCUGGAAGGAUGCUCGGUUAUUGUGUUCUGUCCCUCGAAGGACUGGUGCGAAAGAUUGGCGAAACAUUUGGCAGAAUUUAUUUACACUGUUCGAAAAUCCGAAACCGAACUCGGUCAAAGACUGAGCGCCGAGUUGGACCAACAGAAACUCGAUGAGGCUUUGUCUUUGCUGAAAAAUUGUCCAACCGGUUUGGAUGCAGUGCUAGGGACCACAGCCCGUUUCGGUUGUGUCUAUCAUCAUGCUGGACUAACUGCGGAUGAAAGGGACAUAAUAGAAAGUUGUUUCAAGAAUGGCAUGAUACGAAUCAUCGUCGCUACGAGUACACUCAGUAGCGGAGUGAAUCUUCCCGCUAGGAGAGUAAUUAUCCGAACACCACUUUUUGGCGGGGCGCCAAUGAAUCCGUUGACCUACCGACAGAUGAUUGGCCGUGCCGGUCGAAAGGGACGUGACAUACUGGGCGAGUCAAUACUGAUGUGUGACGGACAGAAUGUGAAAGCUGGUUGGGGGUUGGUAAAAUCGGAGCUCAAGCCAAUCACUUCCUGUUUGGAGGGAGAUGGACAUAGUCAUCUCAAAAGAGCAAUUCUGGAGAUCAUAGCCUCGGGUGUUGCGAGAACAACUGUGGAUCUGGAAACUUUCGUGAAUUGCACCCUCUACAGCUGUGAGAAGAAAUGCCCUUUCAGGUUCAACCUAGAGUCACUGGAAGACAUGACCGCUGUCAAGCGAACCUCAUCAGGCUCCAAGCCAACAGAGGAAAGCGACAAACCGAAUCCUAUCGCAUCCUGCGUUCGUUUCCUGUUGGACUACGAAUUCAUCCGACUACAACGCAGUGAGGAAACAGACGGAACAUUCCUGAUAUCUACCUCGUUAGGCAACGCCUGCUUGGCAGCAUCUAUGCCUCCUUUGGAUGGUUUUUUACUGUUCAGUGAGCUGCAAAAAUCACGCCAGUGUUUUGUGCUGGAAACCGAACUGCACGCCAUCUAUCUGGUAACGCCGUACUCGGUUAGCUAUCAGUGGCAGAACAUAGACUGGAUGGCUUAUCUUGACCGCAUGGAGCGCCUCUCGGGGGCGGAAAAACGAGUCGCCGAGCUGGUGGGCGUUCGAGAGGCUUUUCUUGUGAAGGCUCUCAGGGGAAAUGUGGCCACCGGUGAUAAUCAGCUGCUACAGAUUCACAAACGGUUCUACACGGCGUUGGCCCUACAGGAGUUGGUAAACGAGAAGCCACUGAGUGCAGUGGCGAAAGAUUUCGUUUGCACCAGAGGACUCCUGCAAAGUUUGCAGCAGGUCGCAGCUACAUUCGCAGGUAUCGUGACAUCCUUCUGCACGUCGCUCAAUUGGAACCUGCUGGCGAUGAUCGUGGAGCAGUUCAGGGAGCGUCUAUACUUCGGCGUUCAGCAGGAUUUGCUGGAUCUGAUGAGAAUACCCAGCUUGAACGGACAACGAGCUCGACUACUAUUCGAUGGAGGCAUUACGGGUUUAGUAGAAUUAGCCAAUGCGGACCCGUUGACGGUCGAGAAGAUCCUGUACAAUUGCAUGAGCUUCCAAACGGAACAGAAGCGUGCAGACGAGGAUGAAUUCACAGCGCGGAAAAGAAUGAACCUGCGGAAUCUAUACGUGACAGGAAGGGCUGGUCUUACCAUCCAGGAGGCUGCCAAGCUAAUGGUCAAGGAAGCCCGAACCUACAUCCAACUCGAUAUGGGUGUUUGUAACCCCGAUUGGAAUGAUAGCACAGAACAAGUUGAGGAAGAAAAAGCAGCCCCUGUGGAGGUGCCAGAAAGCGAAAAUCUGUUCUCCCCGGAACGGAACGACGAGAAAGCGGAACUGCAGAUGGGUGAAAAAUUGGAACCCGAAUCCGAAGCGAAGCAGCCUUCGGUAGUGUCAUUUGAAGUAUCCGAAGCGGAUAGUAACCGUGACAUCGAAUGUUUCCACAACUCGCUCAUAAUGAAUUUCUCGCAUAUAUUGGAUUAUGACAAGGAAUCGGUGACACCGGGGGGAAAAUAUGACCGCAUCCAGGUGGUGGACAUUUGCGUCAGCAGGCCUCUGUUCCAACGUUUCUGCGAAGUGCUACAACAAAGCAGUUCGGUCAGCGUGUCUUUUGCGUUUUGUAGCUUUGGCCGUUCGAAGUCAGUUAUCGGUGCUAAUUUGCUGAUAAAUCAACAGCAGAGCAAAAGCGAACAAGAUGAAAUCGCCAACAGUUACAAAUAUGUUUUCGGUGAUCAUCUGUAUCUCAGUGGGGCAGCGCUGACGUUUCAGGAAAGCGGCGACGAUGAGCAGAACGGUGCUGUUUACUUUUUAGAUUUCAGAAAAGACGACGUGAUAGAUUGCGACACGAAGCAACAGUUGAUGAGGAAACUGUUCCAUCGGGAGAAUGCCACGGUGGACAUGUUCGAUGCGAAGGAUCAGCUUAAAAUGGUCCACCGCAGUGGGUUGCUGACGCUAGAUGAAGAAAUACUAGCUAACAUGCGUGAUCCGAAGGUGGCGAGCUGGCUGUUGCAAGCGGAGGAUAAAGUCAUUCCACUGCAAGCGAUGGUGGAACAUUACUGUCCCGAGAUGUCUUCACUGUGUCAACUUGCCGGUCGUUGUCCAGGAUCAACCGCUCCGGGGCUAAAUUAUAUGAGUACUAUUGAUGCCAAGACUCGAUGCACGGUUGAGAGUUUCCUCGUCAGCCACAUGAUGCAGUCCCAAUUGCAGCAGUUCGAGCCUAACAUGUUAGGAACCUUCACGGGACGGGAAAUGCCCAUCCAGGUAGCGCUGGUUCGAAUGGAACUGGUUGGCUUUCCGGCCGACAGCCACAAACUGGAGCAUCUGAUCGAACGGCUCAAACAGGCCAAGGAACAAAUCAGUGUCCGGGUGCGAAAGCUGAACGGUGGACGCAAGCUGGAUUUCGGCUCCACCAGUGAGGUUGCCGCAGUGCUGAAAGUUCCCCGCGAUAGGAAUGGUCGCACCAGAACCACCCGCCAGGUGCUGGAGCGGAUCGAUUCACCACUGGCGGCGCUUGUGAUCGCCUAUAGAAAGAUCGAGAGCAAUCUGAGUCGAACGAUUGAGCCCCUGCUGCGGGCGAUCGGUACCGACGGGAAGCGGAUAUGUGGCAACAGUUUCUGCUUCACGUCAACCGGGCGAAUCACAAUGCACGAGCCGAACCUGCAGAAUGUUGUUAAGGACUUUAAGGUUGAGAUCGAUCCUGGUCAAGUGGAGACAUUCAGCUGUCGGGGUACAUUCGUUUGUCUCGAUCCGUCUAAGGUGCUUCUGUCGGCCGAUUUCCGUCAAUUGGAACUGUGCGUGUUGACUCAUCUAUCCCAGGAUCGAAAGUUACUGGCAGUUCUGAGCGGUGGAAAGGAUGUUUUCCGUGGAAUCGCUGCCAAGUGGUACAGGAUCCAGGAUGAGCAGCAGGUCUCCGACGAGCUUCGAAAUGCUACCAAAGCGAUCGUGUACGGGGUGAUCUACGGUAUGGGUGCCAGAGCGAUGUCCAGUGAGUUGAACGUUGACGAGGAUACGGCCCGAACACUGAUGGAACAGUUCCAUUCAACCUAUCCGGAGAUUCGACGUUACACGGAACGGGUGGUGCAAGUCACGCGAGAACGCGGAUACAUCGAAACACUGACCGGAAGGAGACGAUACCUUCCGGCGAUUCACAGCACAGAUGCCAAGAAACGAUCGGAAGCGGAACGGCAGGCGGUGUGUACCACAAUCCAAGGAUCCGCUGCUGACAUCCUGAAGAACGCUGUCCUGCGAAUGAUGCGAAAUCUGCGCAAGUACCGGACUACGCUCGGCUUGGGGCAGGUCGAAUUGGUGCUUCAUAUGCACGAUGAGCUGAUAUUUGAGGUACCUCGGGAGCAAGCACGGAAGGUGGCGAAAAUACUCAAAUCAAGCAUGGAGAACUGCGCAAAGCUGAGUUUACCGUUGAGAGUGAAGGUGAAAUGCGGCGCUAGCUGGGGUGAGCUGCAGGAGCUCAAUGUAUAAGACGUUUUAAAGUGUGACGUGAUAUUUUAAAAAUUGUGACUCAAUGUCGUGCCCAACACUAUUUAUUGUGUAUCUGUUCGGCUCAAAAUUGUAUAUAUGGGGCAAUUUUAUCAAUGUAAGUUGUAGUUUAAGCAGUACAGUGGCAAGUAUAUGUUUUUUUUUUACUUUGUAACUAUUUGAUUGCAAUAAAAUUAUUUCGACAGAAGGUACAUUCUAACACAAAACUAAAAACCAACACAUGAAUAGAUACUGUUAUGAUUUACUUUAUUCACUUAAGUGCUUAUGCUAAUAAUCUCAGAACAAGUUGAACUCAUUUGCCCUGUUUUUGUGCCCACUCGGUCCAGGAGCCCUUGUAGUUUCUUGCACUGAAAAAUACACAUAAAUUAGGUAACAUAACACAUACUAUUAAUAGUUUCACUACAAAGGAGUAAUUUCAAAUUAAAUCGACAAAUAACAAAACGAGUAUUUUUGAUUCGAAUGAAAGUUUGUGUUCCGUUUGGGUUGGAGGAAAUAUGAGUUUUCCACAGCAAUUGGGAUUUUUUUGACUUUAGUGUAACUUUUGAAAAAGGCGUAUCGAUUUUAGUAAGAAAAAUCUUUGAGAAUUUAUAUCUCAAAAACUAUGAGCCGUACCGAAAUUCUGUCUUAGCAAGAGUAAUGAUGUUAAAAUGUGAAAAAAUAUACG